CCCAGCCCUCUUCCUUUCGUUGUAUACGUGCUGUUAUCAAUUGAGCUAAGCCAAAAUAUGUGCUCGGUCGUCAUGGGUGGCUUCAGCUAGUAUAGUGGCAAAAGUUUGAACCGGGUGGAAGCAGAAUCUAAACAUUGCAGCAGGCUCACCUUUUCGAUGUUUCCGGAGAAUUCCAGCUUAAAUCAGCAUGACAUUGAAAGCAUUGUCAGACAGUUUUAUGCUCAUCCAAAGCUGCAGUUCCAGAUCGAAGCAUUCGAUGUGACACCUUUUAGCAACAGCCGUGUGGGAUAUCUCGGUGAUCACUAUACUUUGAAGAUAAGGGUGAGAAAGGAUGGCGCAGUGCGAAACGCGGAGGAAUUGACAUUUUUUUGUAAAAUUCUACCCCAAGCGAUACCGGCCUUGAGCCAAUAUUUGGAAUCAAUCAACACCUUUCGGAAAGAGGUUCACCUGUAUGGAAAUCUCAUUCCCAAGCUAGCAGAAUUCGCGAGAUUUGCACCCAGAGCUUAUCUGUCGAAAGGUGACCGGUUAUUGGUGUUGGAAAAUUUGAGCCUGAAAGGCUAUCGAACAGUCUGUGCUGCUGAUAUGGGAAUUUUCGAUAAGGCUCAUUUGGUACAAGCGCUACAAGCUUUGGCAAGAUUUCAUUGUGCUUCAUUGAUGCUGGAAAUGAAAACAGGUCGCCCUUUGCCCGAGUUUUGCCCUGGGGCACUAGAUGAGAAUUGUUGGAUCCAGAAGGAAAACAAUCCACGAGUGGAGGAGCUCCAAAACGCAAUUGAGGUUUUAUGUGCGAUGGUAAAAGUUAUCGAAAAGGAGAAUGAAAACCUACCGGAAAUAUUAUCAAAACUGCCGCGGUUUAUUUUGCAAAUCUAUGACCUCGUCAAGCCAUCCGAUGUCUACCGUAACACUGCAAGUCAUGGUGAUCUCUGGGGUAGCAACCUGAUGUUCAAGUAUGCCGAAUCGGGCCUUCCAGAGGAUUGUCUGAUAGUGGAUUUCCAAUUCGCUCGCUACGCUCCACCGGCCUACGAUGUAAAUAUGCUCAUUACUCUGACGACAACCGGGCAGUACCGGAGAGAGCACUACAGCGAUCUCAUUGAGUCGUACUAUGGGGCCGUUCGACAGGAGCUAAUCUCCCAGUGCUUAUCGCCAGGGGAGAUUUUCCCCAAGUGCCAGUUCAUGGAGUCGUGUGGAAGGUACCACAUUUCCGGGUUGAUCGAUAACUUCCUGAUGAAUCACGUUACACUGCUGCCAAGGAGCUGUGUAGAUAGGAUCUUUUCGUCGCCCAAUGAAUACAAUAACUUUAGUGGAGAGGAUAAAAUUAGGAUGUGUUUGAAGGUUUUGCACAAUGAUGAGAAGUACAGAGCUAGGAUGACAGGGAUCAUCAAAAAUUUGAUUGACCUUUUCGAGUGUUGGUCUCGCGUCUCUACCACGCAAACUGUGAGCCAGUAUCACUCGCGCUCGCAAAAUAUCACAAUGCCAAACCACCACCUGAAUCUCACGUCUUCUGAUAAGAAGCAGAUGCUGUGCAAACAUUUCAACGACAGAUCAGUACAGUUUGAAAUUAUCUCUACCUCCGUAACUUCUCUGGCUGAGCAGCGCACCGGCUAUCUAGGUGAUCAUUUUCUUCUUUCUAUGACCGUCCGAGUGGACUCGAAUCAGCCGGAUGCUGUUGAGAAUGAAGUGAAACUGUUUGCGAAAAUACUGCCCGCCCAACCGUCCCGAGCCAAAUAUUUGGAGGACACAAAAGCUUUCUCGAAAGAAGCCGAACUGUUCGAGAGUCUGCUUCCACUGUUGCAUCAGUUUGGCAGAUUCGCUCCGGAGGCAUUGUUUCAAAAGGAUGGCAAAUUGAUUGUUUUUAGAGACGUCAAAACGGAAGGUUUCCGAACCCUUCAGCACAACGAUGGUCUACUGGAUUUGAUUCAUCUGGAACAAGGUUUGCGAGUGCUGGCUAGAUUCCACGCUGCUUCAUUCGCCCUAGAGGCGCAGCAGAGCAAAGCGAUAGUUGAAUUAUUUCCAAAUAUACUAGACGAAAACGCCUGGAUUCUGAAGGAAAACUAUCCACGAGUGGAAGAAUUAGAUAAUAUUAUAAAUUUGUUGUGUACUGUUGUUGCCCAAUACGAGAAGAACAAUACUCGAAGAAAACAGCUCACCGAGAAGAUACCAGGCUGCGUCCGGGAAAUCUACGAACUUGUCAAACCUUCCCAGGUUUACAGAAAUGUGGUCGGUCAUGGAGAUCUUUGGAACAACAACCUCAUGUUUCGUUAUUCGGACACCGGUGCCCCGAUAGACUGUUUGCUGGUGGAUUUUCAACUGUCUCGAUACGUUCCUCCGGCGUAUGAUUUCAACAUGCUGGUGACGCUAACAACCACAAGCGGCUUCCGGGCUAAGCAUCUGAGUUUCCUUCAAGGUUACUACUACCAAUCACUGCGAAUGGAGCUAAAUCGACACGGGUUGUCGAUUGAGGAACUUGUUUUACAGGACGAGUUUCGUGCGUCUUGUGAGCACUAUCAGAAAGCAGGAGCCAUAGAUAAUGUUCUAAUCAAUCAUGUCACACUGCUGCCGAAAAAUUUACUCGACGAUUUAUUUUCCUCUGACGAGAAGUAUGACAAAUUUUCUGGCGAUCGAAAAAUUGAAAUAUGUCUAAAGGUAUUUGUAGAGGAUCUCAACUAUCACACCCGGAUGAUUGAUAUGAUUGAAAAUUUAGUGGAAGUUUUCAAAUUGUAGACAAAUGUGAGGAUGUUCUUUCAGGUCUAUUCCCUAGCAUUGUAAGGCUCCAUUGUAUUAUUUUGAUUUAUUGCAAAUAUGAACCGCCAUAUAAGAUAAUUAUACUUACGCAAUCAAAAAACACG